AUGGCUCUCACACAAAUCUCCUUAAUCAUUCUCCUCUCCCUCUUAGGUUUCUACUCUGAAACCAUCAUGUCUCAAAAUUGCAAUUGCGCCCCGAACCUCUGUUGCAGCCAGUUCGGUUAUUGCGGUACCUCUAUGGAUCACUGUGGUGCCUCACAGUGCCGAUCAGGUCCGUGUAGAGGCAGUGAAACCCCAACCGGUGCUGAUUUGGUUGGUAGCAUUGUGACACAAGGUUUCUUUAAUGGCAUUAUCAACCAAGCCGGUAAUGGCUGCGCCGGAAAAAGUUUCUACUCUCGUGACUCUUUCAUUAACGCCACCAAUACUUUUCCCAACUUUGCUAAUACCGUUACUAGGCGUGAAAUUGCUACCAUGUUUGCUCAUUUCACAUUCGAGACCGGACAUUUCUGCUACAUAGAAGAGUUAAGAGCGACAAGCAACUUCUGUUCCCUUACGAGCAGCCAAUAUCCAUGCGCACCCGGCAAGAGUUACUAUGGUCGUGGUCCGUUCCUACUAUCAUGGAACUUUAACUACGGACCGUGUGGCCAAAGUCUCGGCCUCGACCUUCUACGCCAGCCAGAGCUGGUCAGUAGUAACCCUAUCGUGGCUUUCAGGGCAGCUCUAUGGUUUUGGAUGAAGAGCAUGAGGCCUGUACUGAACCAGGGAUUCGGAGCCACCAUAAGAGCCAUCAACAGUUUGGAGUGUAACGGUGGGAACUUAGGUGCGGUCAAUGCAAGGAUUGGAUACUAUAGAGACUAUUGUAGACAGCUUGGUGUGGACCCUGGAGCCAACAUCACUUGUUAG